UGUAAUCGUCCGCGCGCGAAGGACUUGUUGAAUGGCCCCUGAAAAACGAAAGUUUUCCGCGUACUUCGACGCUCUCCAUGGAUGAUAAUUUGCGGAAAUCAUAUAUAGAUAAAUAGGUCUACGCGAGGGGAGCGAGAUAGAGAGAGGGAGCUGACACUUAUCCUCCUAUCAAUAAAGCAGUAGCCCAGUUUUGAUGCAGAGGGGCUCGAGCAUGUCGGCCGUGCUGGUGUUGGGUGCUGUGGGCGCAACCGUGGCCGCGGUCGCCCUUUACCGAUUCUUCAGGCGCAAGUCGGCCCCGCCGAAGCUUCUGGUCGACCCUGACACCAAGUAUACGGUGAGCCUCGCCGAAAAGGAAAUCGUCAGCCAUGACACCCGGAGGUUCCGAUUUGCUUUGCCAACACCGGAACACGUCCUCGGUCUUCCUACUGGACAACACAUCUAUCUUAUCGCUUCACCAGGAGGACAACUCGUUCUGCGGCCGUAUACUCCCGUCACGAGUGACAAGCAUCACGGUUACUUCGAUCUCGUAAUCAAAGUGUACGCGAAAAAUGUGCACCCGAAGUUCCCCGAAGGAGGGAAGAUGUCGCAGCACCUUGAUGCCAUGAGUAUCGGUGAUACGAUUCAAGUGCGCGGACCGUCCGGUCUGAUUCGUUACGAGGGUCGAGGUCGCCUCGCCGUGCGGCCGGAUAAGAAGUCCCCACCUGUCAUGUACGACGUGACAGAUAUUGGCAUGAUUGCCGGAGGCACGGGGAUCACGCCCAUGCUGCAGAUUCUGCGACACAUAUUCGAGGACCCCAGCGACCGGACGCACUGUUCCCUCAUCUUUGCCAACCAGACGGAAGAGGACAUCCUCCUGCGGGAGGAGCUGGAGGGACUGGCCGCCAAGUACCCCACCCGCUUCAAGCUCUUCUUCACCGUGGACCGACCGAAGGAAGGAUGGAAGCAGGGCACAGGUUUUGUCAGCUCCGAGAUGAUAGAGCGCACAUUCGCCCCUCCGUCGGACACGAUGGUUGUCCUCAUGUGCGGUCCCCCACCCAUGAUCAACUUCGCCUGCAAGCCCAACCUGGAGAAAAUGGGCUAUCCUCCGCGGCUCUGUUUCGCUUACUGAGCAGUUCGUUGCGGAACGGCUGCGGAUCGUCGUCGUCCGAACGGUUAAACGGACGUGCGAGAACUAGACACCGCUGACACUGUAAAAAAAAAUUUCGGCAGGGGUCUCGCAGGGAUAUCGUUACGGUGGUAUGCUUGCUGUUGACGUACUUUUUAAAUUUCGAGAAAUUACAGUGCUUGAACUGACCCUUCAGAUACGCUUCCUGUAGUGUUCCUCGAAUUACUUUCUCCUCAGACUAGUUUUCAUCGCGUGAAAACGUUGUGGUCACAUUUUGAUGAAAACAUUUAUGUGAAAAGUAGAAAUGAACAUGUUUGUUUGCACUGUAAAGCAGACGGCAGACAGGUCAUGUUGGCGACGUAGUUUAAGAUCUCGUUGCUUGUAAACCGAGCGCAACAAGUUAUUACAAGUGAUGGGGAACACUGAAUAUUUUUAACUUGCGAGUAAAAUUGCGGUAAAACGGCUCUGUGCGACCUCUGGUGGGAAAUAAUCCCAAAUUCCCAACUGGUUUGCUGGUCAUGGUGGCUACGUAGCAGACUUCUUUUGUUUUAGACACAGUGUUAGGAGCAUGCAACGUAGUUUUGCCGCCGUACUUAACGAGAAGCAAGCAGUUGGAGGCGACUUCGGCGUAGUGUUGCCCAUAAUUUUCACUAGACGACUUCAGAAAAUCCCAGAGUGCUUAGCGACGCUUUGAACUGUGGGAGUUUACUGAUGCGCAAGUAAGGUGGCCUCCAAACUGUUUAGAUUUCUCCUCUCCCGGCCCAUUUUCAAUGACGUGUCGAGGUCGGCGGAAGCGAAACGUGAAGGAUUAUUCUUUUUUUUUUCCCGCUCCGUAAGCACCCAUGAUGCUCCGCGUGUGCAAGGAGCACUGGGAUUUUCUGAAAUCGUCUAUUUUAAUUUUCUAAACAUCGAUGACUAUGAGCUCAGUUGUGAUGUAAGAGUGCUGAAGGCUCAGGCUAUCCAGUAAAUAAAUUUUCUGAGGUUGCAGCUCUA